AUGAAAUCAUCACGGAGGCCUUGUGCAACUGCGCCAGCUUCACCCGCCCUCAUAGGCUUCGGAAUUGGAUUGGAGUUCCUUUGUCAUUUUGAGGUUUCGACGCUGGUCAUCAAGAACCUGUCCCUAGAGUUCCGCAAGGAGGAUGUGGAAGCGUUUCUGGUAAGCACGGGAGCCGGAGGUGCUGAGGUUGAGAUGCAUGUGGACCCUGCAAGUGGAUCCUUUCGAGGCACCGUCUUCGUCCGCUAUGCCUCCCCGGCAAAGGCGCAGGAGGCUUUGCACAAGCUUGGGCCUUCUCCAGAUGUCGGUGGCAGAAAGGCACGCGUCGAAGUGCAAAAGUCAAAGAACCUCUUUGGCAGAAAAAACUCUGGAGGUGAGCUGCCACAGGAACUUACCGUGGUACAGCAAGAAAUAGAGCACUUCCUGCGUAGCUUUGAGACGGAGGUUUGCUUGUCGGCCACCUUUGAUGCUCAUCAACGGAAGUACGCCCACUCCUUGGCGGAAAGGCACAAUUUGGUGCACGCCACAAGACAAAAUGAGAGCGGGCAAACGUACGUCUACCUUAGCAAAUGCCGGCCCAGUCAGGCCACAACAGGGAGUCGCAAAAAGGCUUUCUCCAUGGAUGCUCGUGGCACGCCACAGCUUGCCGCUACGCCUGGAGGUGCCAUGUGCGACAUGGGCUAUGAGGCACAGAGUCAAAGCUGCUACGUCGGUCCAAUGUCACCUCCAGGACUUCUAUUCCCAGGGUUGGAUUUGGGCACGCCAGUUCUGGGUCCAGAGCUACUGGCAGCUGGUCCUGAGGAUGCAAGCCUGUUCAUGCUUCCCAGCGCAGCAGUAUCACUUCUUCCUCCUGGGAUCGAUCCAGUUGGUCUUCCAGGGGCGACGCUGCCACCAGCGUGGCCAGCUGCGGCGGGCAUGCAGUUUGGGACCGAGCCUCCGCCCGGCCUUAACUUGGAACUCCAAGGUCUUGCGGAACUUGCUGAAGGACUUUGCAAAGAUCUGGUGGCGGAUGCAGAGGAGUUCCACCUGGAUUUAAAGCACGUGUGUCCUCCCUCUGAUUCGGCAAUGUCCACAGAGACGCGCUCCCGCUGUGGCCUUGAGGCUGCCCGAUCUGGAGUUCUGCAGACAACUUCACUAGCCUUGGAACGGGCUAUGAAGAGCGUCUUGGGCCAUAAAGGGAUUGGCAAGAUCCGCUUGCGCGUGGGGGCGAACGGAGAGGUGGCUACCUGCCUCGCGCGUCAGCUUUUUCCCGGGGAGACCUGCUGCCUCGAGAAACUCACGGGGCCUGCCAUGCGAGUGAUCGAACUUGCAUGGCUACUGCUGCUACUGCCUACUCCAGGAGGCUGUGGUGAGUUCACGCUUCAGAGGUUCACCGACGUCGUUAAACAGCAGGCCGGCCGAGCUUAUGCACCUGGUCAAGUCUACAUGGCGAUGUGUAGUGACCGGGCAGCUCUUCCAGGACCAGGUGGACAGCCAUCGGAAGUUGCCACCGCCUUGCUCUCGGACAGGUUGUUUUGGACCGUCCUCUGGGGGCUGGAGGCUGUGCGUGGUUGGGACCCGUGCUUCGCUGGCUUCACCAAGUUCUUCUGGGCAACUGUGCUGGCACUGUUCUCUUUGGUGGGCAUGUGUCUGUUUGUGCCAUUCAUGCUGGAGAUCACUAGGCGACGCCCGCCCGGAGUACCCCUCGUGCUCUGUGGCAUCACCUUUGAUUGCUGUCCGCCAAAGCAUUCUGCAGAGCAACUCAUCACGUCUCCAGCUAGCAAAUUUCCAGAAUCAAGAUAA